CGUUUUCAUUUUUUUCCUUAAAUCGGAAAAUCGUUGUUAGACUCCCGUCGCUAGUUGUAAAACGCCCUUUCCCCUUUUGCAAAAUCCCAUUUGAAAAACCCUAGGAAUUUGGAAAAUCUUUCUGCAAGGAACUCUACAGCCUGUGUUUCCACUGCCUACGAUUAAGCCUUGUUCGGUUCCGCUGCUCACUGUCUGUCUGCUCUGCAAAGCCCGUCCCUAACCCUUCUGCUACUGACUAGCUGACUGCUCCCGUUGCCAGUCCGCCAGCAAUCACGAGGAGGUUUUGGGGCUCAAGAUUUUGCUUCAGUCUCAGGAUUAUGCUCGCGAGCUCAGAAUUAGCCUGUUUCAAAGGUUAAUUUUUUUGGGGAGUUUCAUCUCAUUUGGUGGAAGUUCAACUCAACUUAUGGGAAAAGCAUCGAGAGAUAAAAGGGAUAUCUACUACAGGAAGGCUAAAGAGGAAGGCUGGCGUGCUCGAAGUGCCUUCAAACUGCUUCAGAUAGAUGAGGAAUUUAACAUAUUUGAAGGAGUAAAGCGUGUGGUGGAUUUAUGUGCAGCGCCUGGUAGCUGGAGUCAGGUUUUGAGUCGAAAGCUUUAUCUCCCAGCAAAGCUGUCACCUGAUCCCAAGGAUGCUGAUUUGCCACUCAUUGUGGCUAUUGACUUGCAGCCUAUGGCUCCUAUAGAAGGUGUCAUUCAAGUGCAAGGGGAUAUAACAAAUGCCCGGACAGCUGAAGUGGUUAUUCGGCAUUUUGAUGGAUGCAAGGCUGACCUAGUUGUAUGUGAUGGAGCUCCUGAUGUAACUGGCCUCCAUGACAUGGAUGAAUUUGUUCAAUCCCAACUCAUAUUGGCGGGAUUAACAAUAGUUUCACACAUACUAAAGAGAGGUGGAAAGUUUAUUGCUAAGAUAUUUCGAGGAAAAGAUACCAGUCUUCUUUACUAUCAGCUGAAACUAUUUUUCACAGAAGUGACAUUUGCCAAACCAAAAAGCAGUCGUAAUUCAAGCAUAGAAGCAUUUGCAGUCUGUGAAAAUUACUCUCCCCCUGAAGGUUUUAAUGAAAAAGAUUUGCACCGCCUCCUUGAAAAGAUUGGAAGUCCAUCUAGUGCAGAUGAUCUAGAUUGCAGUAGUGGGUGGUUAGAAGGUCCUAACAAAGUAUAUAUUCCAUUUUUGGCCUGCGGGGAUCUCAGCGGGUAUGACUCUGAUCGUUCAUAUCCACUUCCUAAAGCUGCAGAUGGAUCUUACAAGAGCUUAGAUCCUGUGCAACCUCCUAUUGCACCCCCUUAUAAGCGAGCUCUUGAUAUGAAGAAAGCUUCAAGUCAUGGAGUCCAAGGUCUAGAAAAACUCUCCCUUGAUCCCUGAGCAUGGUGGUUCAUUAGACAAAUUCGAAGUUCUUGAGUUUUUGACUUGAAGUCGUAUUUCUGUACUCAGUUAUCAAAUUAUGAGUUUGGACGGAUAAUAACUUUCAUGAAAGUUGCUUGUUCUGUGUGCUAGAUGGCAGGGUUCCUGUUGACUAUAUCAUUUGAAAUGAAAAAAAAAAAACCCAAAGCAACUAAACGUUACUAAAAAUAGGGGGCAUUAUUUUUUAUAUAUGAAAUCUGUCAUUCAUUCA